UGAUUAUUAUAUUAUAAUAGUCCGUGACCACUAUCAACGUCAGCUGUCCCUUAGCUGGGGACAGGAAUGAAGGUCUUGCUGCGCACCAGAGGACCCGCAGAGCUGCUGAGAUGAAGCUUUGGCGAUGUUCACAGUUCUUUUCCUGCUGUUUCAUUUCCUGCCCUAAUCCGUUGUGCCGAUUUACCUACUGUAGUUGCCUCUUUCAAACCCGCGGACUGAUAAAGAUAAAGAUAUACAGGCGUUCGCACUGGAACUCUUUUACCACUCCUAAACCGAAUCGGAAAGGAAGGCGAACAGAUAUUUUGUUUUUAAUUUGUCCCCCUUGACGCGGCGCCCGACUCUCGCUGGUUUCAUUCGCUCCUAUGUGGAGAGUAUCUUAUUAUAUCAGAUGAGGAGACCCUCCCCCGCUACACGCUGACCUGCUCUGAAUGUUCCCAGUGCCGGAGAAUUUCACCCGAUAGCAGGUGUCGCGGUGACGGCACCCCGGGCAGCUCUUUUCAAGGAGAAAAGUUGCGGAGAACUUUGCACUCCAUUGACGCAAAAGAACGGCCACGCCCCCUCCCGCUUUCAGCCAAUGGUGCGACUCGGGCCACAGACAACAGCCAAUGGGAAGGCGGCUGCUGGAGCGUGGCGGUGGGGGAGGGGCGGUCUCCAGCACGUUGGAAUAAAAGCUGCGCUCAGCCCUAUCAGAGGGGUUUGAAGAAUUGUUACUCUGGCUGGGUCACCGAAGGCAAAGAGUGUGCAAAUACCCUGCAAACCCUAGCAUAGCGUCGCCUGGUAUUUUUUUCUCUGUUCAAAUACAACUGUUCUUAAGCGUUGAUACAGGCUUGGGCUUGCAGACGCAGCACACGUCUGAGGACUGCGCCUGUCUAGAAAGUUGAUCUGUAGAGGUUCAAAAGUAGAAAAGAGCAAAGACAAGCAGGCAACAGCAACCAAAAACGGUAACCUCGUUUAGCCAUUGUUGUGCUAUGGUAAACAGGAGAUGUUUCUCGGUUAUAGAGCAUUGUACGUUAUGCGAAAGAUCCAGUAACUAGAACACAGAAAAGCAAAACAAAAAAAAAAUACCUGCAAAAAAACAAAACAACAAACGCGUGAUAAAUGCGUUUGUUUUGGUUCUGCCAAAAUACAAAGCGAGCUAAAACAGACUGGAAGCAAAGUGUCAUAAAACCCUUAAACAGGGCUUUUGACAGACGGGGAAAACAGCAUUACUGUGUUCAUUGUGAUAGCGAGUAUAAAUCGCUCAUUGAUCACCCCAGGGCCCGGAGGAGGGCACUGACAGCUGGCCGGUCGCUAUGCCUUGGGACGUCAGGGUUCUGGACUACAAAUCCGAAAGACACUGCAAGAAAUCUUCCUUCGCGUUUUACCGAGCCGUGCGCGACCUGCUAGCGGUGUGGGUCUUGGAGGACAUGCGGACCAUGGAGGUGUUUCACUGGGAGGAGGACGGGCGGGCGUGCGCCUACUCCCCAUCGGAAGCCCUGCUCUACGCGCUGGUGCACGACCACCAGCCCUACGCCCGCUACCUGCUCAGCAGAUACUCGGUGGCCGCGCUGGAGACGCCCAGCAAGAGCUUCUGCUGCUGCCCGUCCUCCACGGCCCCGCACCUCGCCAUGGCCGUGCGCUACAAUCGCGUCGGCAUCCUCAAGAUGAUCCUCUCCGCCGCCAGGGGCUUCAGGGAGUGCGAGCGGCUCGGCUACGUCAACCGCCGCGGUUGCGCUCACCUGGACGGCGGCAAGACCCCGCUGCAUCUGGCCUGCGAGCUGGUGCGGCCGGAGUGUCUGAUCGUGCUGCUGGGACACUCGGCGUCCCCCUGCGUGACGGACGCGCAGGGCAACACCCCCCUGGACAGCCUCCUGGCGCAGAUCGGCCGGGGCGCGCCGGACCCGCGGCUCCAGCGCCUCUGCCUCGGCUACCUCAUCCUGUUCCUGCCCGAGCUGCGCUGCAAGGCGCGGCGCCAGCUGCAGGAGAACGCCGGGCGGUGGCGGGCGCGGCUCGGGGAGCAGGCGUUCCAGUGGCUGUCCGGCUCGGCGCCCACCUCCCUGUUUGUCCGGGCCAUGCAGGCGCUCAUCCAUUCCGCUCCCCCGGAGCACCUAGACUCCCUGCCGCUGCCCGACUUUCUGAAACCUUUGGACUUCAGGCUGCAGUAAAUCGUGGGAAUCUCAAAGACUUUUUUUUUAAAAAGAAACAAAAAAACCGUGUACGGGUAUCAGAAACUGUAAGAAGCCGAGUUCUGGCUUGACUUGUGGUUGGGUUUGACUGUAAAUAAGGAACUAACCUGUAUUAUUUAUUUUAAAGGCACAACCAAACCUAUGCACAAUAGUCUUCUACACAGCCUUUGUACCUGUGAUAGCUAGCAAUAAUGAAUUGUCAUUCACUUAAUAAAAACGAAGGUCUUGAAAUGA